GUGAUUUGGCGCUAUAUAAAUAAAAUUGAAUUGAAUCACCAGCUGGAUAAUAUCAGAUGUAUAAUUAAAAUUAUGAUGUCGGCAACUUAAGAACCAGUUUAGCAACAUUAUCAUCAAGUCUUUGACAGGAUUCAUUUACAAGCAUCAAUGAAAGUUAAAAAUGAAGAAACUGCAGAAGAAUAUAAAUACAGUGGAAACUGUUUGUAUUGAUCACGUGUGUCCGGGUCAAAUAUCACUAUAAGCAGAUGAUUAUGAACCUUUUCUUUAUUUCUCACACAGAGCAGCAUCUAACUGUCUGUUUUACUGUCAGAAGCUUCGAGGAGACAGAAUGACUUCCUGUCUCCGUCGUGAUUUAUCACGAGAGUAAAAUACAAAAAUAGAUUUAUGUAGUUUAAAUGUUUUCCACAUGUUGUUGUCAUGUAUGAAGAGACUCAAAAUGAACACUUUCAGCGGACUACUUGAUUUAUUUAAACAGCAUAAAUGUUGUACAGGAAUGAUUGAUAUAAACAGCUGAUCAGUGUAAAUCACUAUAAACAGUGAACAUUCAAACACAGCAGAGCUUCAUGGUUUGGACUUUAUUUUCUUUUUGUCUUCACAGCUCGAACAAAAUGAGUGAAUAAAUAAAUAAAUAACUUCAACAUAACGCUGAGCUUUUAAAUAAAAAGCUUCGCUGCAACACGACGUGACGGCGAAUAAAACGGAGAUGAUGAUGAUGAAGAUGAACUGAAGUGUUUCUGUAAAACUGUUUCUGGACUCAGACAAGAAGACGCCUGAUGGAACCGUCACACGUUCUUUAACUCACAACUACAUGAAGCUACAUGGUUACCAUGGUAACCAUAAAAUAAGCCAGACUCGUCCCCUCUGAUGUCCAGCAGGAAAACUUUGGAGAUCAAUAAUAUUUACAGAUCGACAGAUUCUGGAUAUUAAUGGAGGAGGAGAAGAAGUCAUAAAAACAAUAAUCACACAUGAAUCACACAGACGGCACUUCCAGCUUCUGUCUUUAUUUCUUUCUUCUUUUUAUUUUUGUUUUACGUUUGUAUUACGGACCUUUUCACACGUUUUCUGAUCUUUAUAUUAGUUUUAUUGUUGGCAGCCGGUGAUCCGUGUUGAAGCCACAGAGAGAAGAAAGAAAGACUUUAAUAAACUUAUGUACAAAAAGACAAAUACGUCAUAUUUUGUUUGCAGUGUAAUGACGUAAUAAAACUGAUUUUACACGAGCAAGAAGCUUCCGGUCUGAAAAGUGAAGCGAAUGCUGUGAACAGAACAUCAAUACUGACGUUUCACACAGACAUCCCUGAAAUGUUCAGGAACAUUUCCUGCACGGGGUCACGUGUGAACAGGAGCAGGGAUCAAUAUUCAGGGAAAUACGAGACGCCAGUUUCCCGCCUCAAGAGCGACUAACGUUUCAGGGAAAAAGCUGGCCCGUAACGUUGCAGAGACGAACAUCACGUCCGUCUGAUGAAAGAUGAUUUAAUAACUAACGAGAAAUACUUCAUAACUUCAGCUCCUCGCCCGCCAUGUUCCUAAAAAUAAUGAAGUGUCUUCCGUUGCGUUCACGUACAUCUGAACGACAUUAAUGUGACACGUUUCAGCCUGAGUCACAUGAUAACUGCAGCUCAGUCUGACGGUUCAGUAGAUGAUGUCAUAGAUGUAAAUAACAUGGCAGGUGGUUUCUGACUGUGGAGAGCUCUGAGUGUGGCACCUCUGCUAAUUAAAGACACAGUUUGAGGCUUCUGUUUUCAUUCUGGACCGAACUGUGAGCUGAAACACUGGAACCCGCUCGGCUCACUGUAAACAGCAGCUUCACUGCCUGUAAUACAUCCACAGCCUGUAUGUGUCUGCUUAUGUGCAGCAACAUAUUUCUCCCCCUCUCCCUGUUGCUCCACAUUAAGUUCCACUCUGUUACAUUAAAAUACCAGUUUAGAGGGGCAGAAAUACGCCGCUCGGCUCAAACCAGUCAGGGCUGAAGCAGCGGCGGCCCACAGGACCCGCAGGACGGACCCGAAGCUUCGGCACCGCGCUCACAGCUGCUGCAGGAGGUUUCCUGUGAUUCACAGAUGGUCCCCGUGAACGGAGGAUGGAUUCAAUGGCUCUUCUAUUUCCUGCAAUAGUGAUGUGACUACGUUGUGAUUGACAAGUCGCUACCACAGCGACAAAGUUGGUGAGGUAACGUCUUCAUAGUGUAACCAGAUUCCCAGAGUUUAGAUGUAAAGUUAACGGAACAUUUUGUUCAGCGUUUGAACUAAAAGAUCGUCUAAGGAGUCGAUGUUCAGUUUUCCAGCCAGUCCAGGCUCAGGUCUAUAUUUACCUCAGAUUAUCAGAGCCAUCCUGUCCUCAGACCUCGGACCUCAGACUCUCAGCCUGCUGCUCGACAUGUCAGCCGGCAGCUCUGCAGCAGGAGGGGGAGGGGGGGGCAGCACCCCCUGGAGGAACAGCAGCUUCAUCCUGGGGGGGGGCAGAGACCCCCCUCUGUCCGACCAAGGAGAGACCAUCAUCGGGGUCUACCUGCUGCUGCUGGGUUGGUUGUCAUGGUUUGGAAACAGCAUCGUCCUGUUCGUCCUGUACCGACAGAGAUCCUGCCUGCAGCCCACGGACUACCUGACCUUUAACCUGGCCAUCUCUGAUGCCAGCAUCUCCGUGUUUGGCUACUCCAGAGGUAUCAUUGAGAUCUUCAACGUCUUCCAGGACAGCGGGUACCUGAUCUCCUCCAUCUGGACCUGUGAGGUGGACGGUUUCUUCACUCUGCUGUUUGGUCUGAGCAGCAUCAACACGCUGACAGUGAUCAGCAUCACACGCUACAUCAAAGGAUGUCACCCGAGCAGAGCUCGUCACAUCAGCAGGAUCAGCGUGUCUGUCUGUCUGCUGCUGAUCUGGAUCACAGCUGGAUUCUGGUCCGGAGCUCCGCUGCUUGGCUGGGGGAGCUACACAGAUCGUGGGUACGGGACAUGUGAGAUUGACUGGGCCAAAGCGAACCACUCGAGCGUGUACAGGUCGUACAUCAUCUCCAUCUUCCUGUUCAGCUUCUUCGUGCCGGUGCUCGUCAUGCUCUUCUGCUACGUGUCCAUCAUCAACACGGUGAAGAGAGGAAACGCUCUGUCAGCUGAGGGAGACCUGAGCGACCGCCAGAGGAAGAUCGAAAGAGACGUCACCAUCGUUUCCAUAGUGAUCUGUACGGCCUUCAUCCUGGCGUGGUCUCCGUAUGCCGUGGUGUCCAUGUGGUCAGCGUGUGGCUUUCAUGUGCCAAACCUGACCAGCAUCUUCACCCGCCUGUUCGCCAAGUCGGCCAGUUUCUACAACCCGCUCAUCUACUUCGGCCUCAGCUCCAAGUUCCGUAAAGACGUGGCGGUGCUGCUGCCCUGCGCCCGGGACGCCAAAGACGCCGUCAGGCUGAAGCGCUUCAGACCGAAGGCCGACGCACAUGGACGCCUCCGAGCUCCUCUGAACCGGACGGAGAGGAAGUACGCCCCUGAGCACCUGCCCGACCCAGCCCCCGUCCCCAACUCCGGCAAGGGGAGUCCGCCCUGCACGCCGCCGCCAGUGAACAGAGAGGUGUUCUUCAUUGACAAGCCCCGCCCAUCUGAGACUGGCUCCGAGUUCGAGUGUGAGAGACUGUGAUAGACCAGGACUUGAACAGGACCGGCUGCUGUACAAUACCUGCUCAGUACCAAACGCUGCGUCACUGCUCCUUUAAUGUCAUUACUUCCUGCUGUCUGAUUGAUUUCUGAUCAGUGAUUGAAGGUUUAAGGUUAUUUUCUUCUUUUGAUCUUGUGUGAUUGUUGUGUUCAUUAUAUUUUCAUUAUUGAAAAGAUUC